UGCAGCAAUACCGUACGUCUAUGCAUCAUCACGUCUUCGGCAAGUCGACAACUGCCGCGGCCCUGACGCAGUGCCCAUGUACAUAGGGACUUGGUAUAAUGUCGCGGAAACGCUCGUCCGCGGACCUCGUCAAUAUAUGUUGUGGUCUUGUACAAGGGAAAUUGGAAGGCGUGUGAAGGAGGGUCUGGGAUGCAAUUUGUUUUUCUUCCAAAAGUGUAAAAAUUCAACUCUUCCAACCAUACCUAGGUAUGUAGGAGAGACAGGAACGACCGCCCUGGUCUCAACUUCAACCAUGCACAAGUUCAUGCCGGGAAAACCCCCCACACAGGCUACCUGGAAAUCAAAAAGCACUGGUUCAAUACGAGUGUCACAACAUAUAAUUAAAUAUACAAUCAGCACACCAUUUGUAGGUGGUGGCACGGUGAUAGCUCGCAGAUGUCUCAUUAUCAAUCACCUGGGCUGAAAGCUGAACAGUCCAAGUGUUCGUACUUUGCCUAGUGAAGUAUUUACAUAUAUAGUCAUUUUUGCAUAAAAGUCGCCUUUACUUCAACUCCAAGAUUUCUUCUCAUACACCAUCUUGUCCUCAUCCGAACCCAUCGAUUGAUCAACAUUUCAGAGUUUCAAAUGCUAAAGUCCCCACAGACCGACCCCUGUCACGUUACCUCCGCCAUCCUAGCUGGCGUCCUCACCACCGACCGGCCGACCAUAUCUCCAACCUUCAACCUCACCUCACCUCGCAACCCCGCUCAACAAACACCACAGUCACACCCUUUCACCCGCGACCUGACCAACCAAGUACCCCGAUCGAUAUAAAAUCGGCGCCGCUCGCUUCCACCCACCCAGCCACCAUUCGCACCCGUCACGUACAUUGCUAUCAAAUCGCAUGUAACAAACGGGUAAACUGAUUGCCCGCGCCGCUGCCCUCCUCACCGCAAUCGCUCCCGCCUGCAACGCAACGUAUGGCACCAAACUAAAGCCGCGACUGCCUGCUCAUGGAAACAAAAGACCGCCCACUGGUCCAAACUCCAUCUCCUACUUCGUCUGCACCCAGGGUGACUCGCUCUGCUGCGAGGCGCUCAGCAGGUUCCACCGACUCCCCGCCCAACCAUCCUCCCGCUCCUCCCGCUCCUCCGCCACCAGCAUCCUCGUCUAGAAAGCGCAAAGCUCCCGCACGCGAGCCCACCCCCGAGCCAGCUUCCGAGCAGGUCCAGUCGCAGGCUGUCCGUACUGGACGUGCUAAGCGCACCAAGACCGACCCCCAAGAUCUCCCCCCCGCCACAUCCAGCUCUUCGAGAAAGGGCAAAGCAAAGUCCACCAUGUCGGCGCCUGGACGAUCGACGGAGGGAGACGAAGCUAAAGCUGCCCCACCGGCGCGCCCUUCGUCAUCAAAACGCAACAAGAGCGGACGCAAAUCCGCGAAUCCUGAUAGCGGCAACUCUCGCAGACCCUCCAAACCAUCAAACACAGACGUGACUGCGGAUGGCUCACCAUCGACCUCGCGAAAGCCCCAUAAAUCAGCUCCCAAAUCGGAUGACGACGAUGAUGAUGUAACAAUGGCAGAUGCGUCGGAGACACACCCUGGGGAGGAAUCACAGCCUUCUGGCUCAGGUCCUGGUCGGCCUUUUAGGAGCGCCGAGAGCCUCGCUGAAGCACUUCGGGCCGUCUACGAUGACGACGACGACGAGGAUCCAGAGGAGGACGAAGAAGAUGACGAAGAUGAUGAUGGAGGUUUGGGCGCGAGAUUUCUGGGCGGCCGGCAUAUCUCAUCAAUACAAGCCCUUCGACAAAUCACGGGUAUGAUGGGCGGUGGCACCCAUCAGAAGCUUCGCGGCGUCCUCGAGCAGCUACGGUCGCCCGAUGUCUCGGAGCAGCUGGUAGGGCUCACCGAACUUUCUCACACUCUGCUCAUGUCGAGCGAGGAUUCGCUGGCUGGCCACUUUUCUCCAGAUGCCUACGUAAAAGAGCUCGUAAACCUAAUGCAGCCCAACGACUUUGGAGAGGAUCAUCCCGAAGUUAUGCUCCUUGCCUGCCGCUCUCUCGCCAACAUGAUGGAAGCUCUCCCUGCCUCUACGGCUAACAUUGUAUACGGAGGUGCUGUCCCGGUUCUAUGUUCCAAAUUGUUGGAAAUCAACUUCAUCGACCUCGCGGAACAGUGCCUAAGCACCCUCGAGAAGAUAUCCGUUGACUUUCCAAGCUCCAUUGUUCGGGAAGGAGGCCUUACGGCGUGUCUAACCUAUCUCGACUUCUUUGCUACUAGCACUCAGCGAACAGCGGUUACGACGGCCGCCAACUGCUGUCGCAACAUCCCAUCCGAUUCGUUCUCCACCGUGCGCGAUGUCAUGCCCAUCCUCAAGGAUAUUCUAAACAACAACGACCAAAAGGUUGUGGAGCAGGGCUGUAUGUGUGUCUCGAGAAUUGUUCAAAGUUUCAAGCAUCAAGAGGAUAAGCUCGAAGAGUUGGUCAGCCCUCAACUUCUGCGCGCGAUUCUGAGACUUCUUCUCCCUGGGACGGCCAACAUGAUUGGUCCCAACAUACACACGCAGUUCCUUCAGGUACUAGCCUACACGGCGAAAGCAAGCCCACAGCUGUCUGCCGAACUAUUCAAAAUGAAUGUGGUAGAUACACUAUUCCAAAUUCUCACCGGCGUCUCGCCGCCAGCUGACGGCGACAAUGUCGCAAAGCGGAUCGAUACCGUGGUGAUCAUGCAAGCUCUCGUCCACCGCCCCAAGGACCAAGUUUAUGAAACGCUCAAUGUUAUCUGCGAACUGCUCCCUGAUUUGCCAAAGGAGGGUUUGACUUAUGUGCAGGAUCUCGUCGAUGCAGGAUACCCAGGUUCUCGACAGCCAUCCCUCUCGAAUGCAGAGACAUCCACCAACGAAACCCGCAUCAAGCUCUUGGAGGGUUGCAAACAGGAAGUUAGGCGCUUCGCAGUUGUUUUGCUGCCCACGUUAACCGACGUUUACUCGAGCACAGUCAACCUCAGCGUCCGGGAAAAGGUGCUGACAGCCCACCUCAAAAUGUUUUCGAAUCUGGACACGGACAUACUAGAAGAAGCACUUCGCUCUGUUCCAUACGCGUCGCAUCUAGCUUCCAUCUUCUCCCAGCAAGAUCACCCAACUCUUGUCACCUACGCUUUGCAGGCUGCCGAGAUUCUCUUGAAGCGCCUGGAAAAGGUGUAUCGAUAUCAAUUUUAUCGAGAGGGUGUCAUCUCGGAAAUUUCUCAACUCGCGAAUCGGCCCGCCCAAACAUCGAUUUCCAGCACAGACGAUUCCAACAAUACAAUAGACGUGGAGUCGCCGGGCUCAGGGGGCAGCACCAGCGCUAGCUCAGGUGGAGAUGCCGAUGUAGAACAAGAUUUGGCGGACGAAAUGGAUGCAGACAUGAAUUCUGGGGAUGUUGAGGACCAUGAUCUCGAUAACAUGCAGAUCGAACAGGACGACGACCACGACGACGAGGAUGAUGACGACGACGAUGAUUCCGAUUCCUCCUCCUCAUCUGGCCGUUACGCUCCGCCUACGCGCGAGACCACAGAAGACACCAUCACGAUCCGAGCCAAGAAAUUCAUCGAACUGCAUGAAAAGGAUAAUUGUAAAACGGUGCGCGACAAAUCUGCGCAGAUUCUUGAAGACAUCAGGUCUCUUGCAACGGAGAUCAAGCAGUGCGUGCUGCAAAAAGGAUCUGGUGACUGCGCCCAACUCUUUGCCCGAUUGGCCACGUACUUCCAAGGCGACGCCCUCGAGAGCAUCACUAGCUAUGAGUUGAUGACAACCAACGUCGUCGACGUGCUACUGGAGAUCUUUUCCAAGCCAAUCUCUGCAAUGGAGGUUGAUCCCCGUCCUAUAUUUUUGGGCGCCUUCAUGGGCUCCAAUGUGCAGAGCCAAGCCGGUAAUGCUACUCCCUUUAGUGUACUGGUUGGCAAGCUCCAGGAUUUGCUCAGUCGCUCGGAACACUUCGAAGUGGUUACUGUCCAUCAACACUCUUACGACAGCCGAGGCAGUGCGACAUCCAUGUUGGCCAAGCAGUUGCGAUUGAAGCUCGUUGCGGACGAAAGCUCCGGGAUCCCAAAGACUUAUCGAAACAUCAUGGUGUCUAUACACGCCAUUGCAACUUUCAAAGCUUUGGACGAUUAUCUCCGGCCUCGUAUUGCCAUCGCCGAGCAACCUCGCCCGUCUAGAACUCGAGACCACGUUGCUGCAUAUGCUCAGGCGCUUGCAGAAGGCCGCCCAUCACACCCGCCGCCUCCUCAUACGCCGUUAGAGUCCACCAAUCGAUCGCAUUCGCAGAGAAAGAGCUCCAGAUCGAAACCAUCUAGCUCUUCCACACCCUCACAGGCUGGACCCAGCUCCACUUCACAAGAAAAGCCGCGACGUUCUACUCGACACCAGCAGACUCAAGAUCCUCCACCGCCCCCACCACCCCCAAUGCCACGCACAACCAGCGACCAAGAUCCGGUGGAGUGUGCUGAUGAGGAGCGGCUAUCGGACGGAGAUUCUCUCGAUGAGAACAGUGCUUUGAAUACCAUUGUUGGCGAGUUGGAGGAUGAAAUGGAGGAGAGUGAGGCUGACCCCUCUGCCGUGAGCGUCGAGGUAGCAUCCACGGGUAAAGUGACUGCCCAUAAAGAAGACGGAACUAGGGUCAGUACACCGCUUCAAACCCAGCCCGUGACCAAAGCUCCGCCCUCUCAAGAUCGAACAUCCGCACGCUCCGCCCUAUCUUCGUUGUUGGCGCAGUCCUCUGGCCUUCGAGAUUCGGUUGGCGCUCUGUCAUAUGCAGCUGCUGUGCAAGCCAUCCCUCAGGAUUGGCACAUCGAGUUCAGUAUCAACGACGAGCCCAUCGUUAACGAUACUACCAUAUACCGUGCUGUGCAUUUCAGUCAGUCAAGCGAUGCCUCGCAACGUACCGUGUGGAACGCCGUCCACACGAUCAAAUUCAAGCGUGUGUCCGGUCCUCCUCCUUCAACAGACAAAAAGUCCGUCUCUCCAUCCCCAGAGUCGAAAGGAGAAGGAGCAAAGAUGCCAGGCUCUCUUGACAAACACCCGGCGACGUCGGGCAUUCUGAGACUGUUGGGUAUCUUGCACGAUCUGAAUGCCAACCUGGACGAUCUAAUCACCGAUCAUCGCGAGCAACUCCAAAUCAGCAAGGAGCCCGCUUCACAGUUUGUCAAUACCAAGCUCACUGCCAAGCUGAAUCGCCAAUUGGAAGAGCCACUCAUCGUAGCCAGCAAUUGUCUCCCUAGCUGGAGUGAGGAUCUGGCCCGUCUGUAUCCCUUCUUGUUUCCAUUUGAAGCGCGCCAUCUGUUCUUGCAGUCUACUUCGUUUGGCUACUCCCGAUCGAUGACUAGGUGGCAGAAUUCACAAGCAACAAGCGACUCCCGCAAUGACCGUCACCGGGAUGAGCGACCUUUCCUUGGCCGACUUCAACGUCAAAAAGUACGCAUAUCGCGCAGCCGCAUACUAGAAUCGGCCAUGAAGGUCAUGCAUCUCUAUGGACAUAUUCCGAGCAUUCUCGAGGUGGAGUACUUUGACGAGGUUGGUACUGGUCUUGGACCGACUCUGGAGUUCUACGCCACCGUCUCCCGGGAGUUUUCCAAGAAGAAACUGAAACUUUGGCGUGAGAACGAGUCCAAUCCCGACGACGAAUACGCGUUUGGCAAGCGUGGUUUAUUCCCGGCUCCUAUGAGCGCCAAGGAAGCCGAGGAAGAGAACGGUAAGAAGGUGCUCGAGCUAUUCCGAGUACUGGGUAAAUUCGCCGCUCGCUCGAUGCUGGACUCUCGCAUUAUCGAUGUGUCGUUCAAUCCUACAUUCUUCCGCGUGGGAGACGGCAACACCGCUGUCGCGCCCUCUCUUGGAACAGUCAAAUCGGUCGAUCACGAUCUUGCCCAGUCUCUCCAGCUGCUGAAGCAAUUCGCGGACGAAAAGAAGCGAAUUGACGAGGACGUCAAGUUGGACGCCGCCCAGAAGGCGCAGGCCCGCAGCAAUGUUGUAAUUAGUGACUGCCGCAUGGAGGACCUGGGCCUGGACUUCACACUGCCCGGAUAUCCAAUCGACCUGAUCGAAGGGGGCCACGAUGUUCCCGUGACUAUGGAUAACGUGGACCAGUAUAUGGAAGCGGUGCUUGAUGCCACACUUGGAUCGGGUGUCCAGCGUCAAGUGGAUGCUUUCCGUGCAGGCUUUUCUGAAGUCUUCCCAUACUCGGCACUCAAUGCAUUCACGCCAGCCGAACUGGUGAUGUUAUUUGGUCGCGUCGAGGAAGAUUGGUCUCUAGAGACUUUGAUGGAUUCGAUCAAGACCGACCAUGGCUUCAACCUUGACAGCAAGAGUAUUCGGAAUCUGUUGCAAGUGAUGAGCGAGUACACGCCGUCACAGCGCAGGGACUUCCUGCAGUUUAUCACGGGCAGCCCCAAGCUCCCCAUAGGAGGCUUCAAGAGCUUGACUCCGAUGUUCACCGUGGUUAACAAGCGACCCGACCUACCCUACACACCCGACGAUUAUCUCCCCAGUGUCAUGACGUGUGUCAACUACCUCAAAAUGCCCGACUACAGCAGCAUAGAUGUCCUCAGGGCGAGGCUCGGUGUUGCAGUCAACGAAGGCCAAGGUGCCUUCCAUCUUUCUUAA